AGUCGAUGUCUGCCUACCCAAGAAAAGAGGCACCAUUUAGAAAAUUCAUCGUACGUGUGCGUCAUAUUAUUUUUGUUUUAUCAGCGAACGACCAAAUUCAAUAUAUUCGAAUAAGUCAGUCUUCUUUUAAUUUUUUCGUUUUUCGGUUUUUCGGUUUUUUUGUUCGAUUUGUGUUUUUCUUUUGCGUUCGGUUUUCAACAACAACAACAAUAGAACAACAAUCUGCCAUUCGCUCCUGCUGAUCCAAGAAAAUGAACAGUGAUGAAAAAAAUAAAUAAAUGAAAAUCAAAUACAAAACGAAUAAUUCCAACCAAAAAAAAUAGUUUCUCGUUUUUUUCUUUCUGAAUUUUUGUGCCCGAAUUGAAAGAAAGAUAGUCAAGUGAGCGAGCGAGAGCGUAUAAAGUGUAUUUUCGUCGUGUGUGUUGAAAUGAAAUGAAAUGAAAAAAAAAACGUACUGCACGAGUUUACUUUGUAAAAGCAUUUUGUGAAUAAAUAUACUCUUUUUUUGGGUAGAGAGUCCAAAAAAAAUAUUUUCUUCUCUCGAUUUUAAUUUAAAACAACAAUACAGAGUGAGAGAGAACCGUACCAGCGAACAACACGUUCAUCGACAUUAACACCGAAGAAGAAGAGGAAACCAAAAAAAAAGAAAAGAAAAUUUGAUUUGGCAAUUUUGCGUUUAUUUUGGGUUGGGACCUCUUCGGUUGGUUUGAUUUUGUUUGAAUAUUGCUGAACAUAUUCAGGAGAUUUGAAUUACCGACAACUCAAACCAAAAUUAUCGGUCACCAUCUUCUUACCAUAAUUUUUUUUUGUAUUUUUGAAAUUCUCUCUCCGAAAUUCUCUGUUGUGUACGUGUGUUGUCCAGCGUGUGUAGAAAAAAAACAUUUUCGCGCGAAAUUUUGUACAAAAACCAAAAAAAGAUCCUUGUAAAAAUGAAAGAAACCACAGCCACCAAGUAGCACAGACUCAACGCAUGCUGAUCGAUUGAAUUAGUGCCUGUAAAACACACAAUAGAAAGCAAGUGAAACAAAAUAAAAAUACAAAUCAAAACAAUAUUCCAGUUGAUAAAUUGAUGUAAUUGGAACAAUAUAUAAAUAUAUAUAUACCCAGUAACAAGAGUUUUUGUACGUGUAAACUUCCGAAAUACAAGUUAAUCAACUGAAUUACCGGAACAGCAGAGAGAAAAAAACACUCAACCCAAGCAGAAGCAGCAGCAGCAACAACAACAGCAGAAGAAGAGAAUUUAAAGCCGAAAAUACACAGCAAAAACCGAGAAAGAAUUGGAAAAGAAGUGAAAAAAUUGUUACAAAAAGAAUUUGUAAAAAAAUAUGUACGUAAUCCAUGCAUUCCAAUAAGGAAUCAAUGUAUGAAAAUUGACGAUUGGGAAAAUUUCGUACUUUUUUCUACUGAAUUUUAUUUUUCGUUCAGCGUUUGUAGCGCGGUGCGCCAAAGUGUAUGUGUGUAUUAUUGUGCGAGUGUACGAAUGAUAUGUGUGUUGAUAUUUGCAGUUAUUUGAUACACACAAUUUUUCUAUGGUGGUUGUUGCUCUGUUUAUUAUUAUACUGUUUGUUUUUUUCGUUGGUUCAUUCGAUGUAAUUUCUUGGUUACAACUUUCUUGUUCUGUUCGAUGUUCGAUUUCCAUUCACAUGUGUGAAUCGGUUCAAUUCUUAAUUGGAAAUUUAAUAGUUCGAAAGUGGCCGAACACACUAUAGCAAAACGAGUAGCAAGUAGUGUGACAUACGACAUAUAAUACCAGUCAACUAGCCAACUAACAAAAAAAAGUGUAUGAACACACGGUAAGGUGAUCAUAAGAAUGAAGUAAUGCAUGUGUAUGUGUGCAUCAUGCAUAAUUCGUGUGUGUUGGCCAUCAUUCGGCGCGCAUUCAGCAAAUGUGUGUUUUAAUUAAAACAUGAGAAACGACGACAACAACAACAACAACCGAAUCACACACAAAAAAUAUAUACGCAAACGAGGUGUCACUUUGGUGGUGACAUUGUAUGCGUUUGGCUGGCCCAAUGAGAAAGGGAGAAAGAGAUAGCUAAAAAAAAGUGCAAUAUUUAUCAAUUAUUAUUAUUGUUGGUCAUAACAAACGAGAAAAAAAAACAAUUGCCUGUGUCCAGAGAUUAUGCGACACAAACGAUUUUAUGCGUGCUUUCAAUCGACGACGAUGACGACGACGACAACGGAGAAGACGACGAAUACGUCGACGACAAUACCGAAAAAAAAAACAAAUUACAUGAAUCAAUCGCGCUUUCAAUUUCAAUGUAAUCGAACGACGGAUUCGCAAUUAUGCUACGGGAAAUUGGAAAUGGUUCAAUCGCAUAUUUCAAAAGGAAUACAAUCCAUCGCUCACGUAACAUCCCCUUCAUGGGCGAAUGUCCUUCGAAUCAGGAUUUUACCAUUUUAUUUUUAUUUAGCAUGGACGAAUAAACAAAAUACUUGAACAAAAACCAACAAACAAACAAAAUAAACAGCUUCAAUAACGCGGCUUAUGAAAAGAGAUGGGCAACAAAAAAGUGUACAACUCUGAAUUGUUUCAGAGAUUUGUUUUUCCAUACAAAUCCUAUUAUAAUUCAUUUGUUCGAUGUUAUGAAAAAUGAUGAACAUGUUUAAAUUUGCACACUUGAAACUAAUUGGACUCCAAAGCAGCAGCAGCAGCAGCAGUACAAACGAUACCGAAAGGGCAAUACGAAUAAUGAAUGCUCAUGUGUGUCUAUGUCUAUGCGUGUGAGUGAGUGAGCUUGUGUGUGUGUAUGUGUUUAUGUGCGGCUGGCACACCGAAGCUGGAAAAUUGAAAAUGAUAAACAAAUACGCCACAAAAUAAUAGGGAAAUACAUACAAUAUGCUUCUAUGUAUUCAAUGUUGAAUGCCGUCGUGUUUAUGUACGGAUAUCAUUGCUGUUGACUGUGAGUAAAAGAUGGAUGGAAAAUUGACACCGAGCGUGCAUUUAAGGAAACCUCGUCGUCACUCAAGAUGUACGAAAAGUGAAAGAAAAAAAAAACAGCGAACUUCUUACAAGGAAGAAAAUUUCAGUUGCGAUAGUGAUUUCUUAACUCUCGGUUAGGAGAGAGCCGAGUGAAGCAAGUUAGCAAGUUAGCUGAAAAAAAAGCUACGUUCUAAACCCAAAACAGCAAAAUCUGUAUGAAAAUGGGCAGGCCAAAUGAAUUUGUCAAAUUAAAAAAUUUGACAACCGUAUGAGUACACAACAGGGAAAUGUGUGAAAAGGCUUUUGAAAUUGACCCCAUGUUUUUAACUUAAACACAAUAAUACAAUCAGCGCGGGCAAAGAGAGUCCGAAAAAAGAGUUGAAACAAGCAAACACACAGAGAAGAAGAGAGAGGGGGAAAAAGACGAUUGACAAAAGUAAGAAGAAUGUUGUUGUUGCCUCGUACUGUGCUGCUCUGUUUCUGUUGCGUAUAUUAGAAUGUCGUUUUGUAUACAAAAUAAUUUUUAUAUUUAAUAUUAAAGUAAUGUAAUAACACACCACACGGCAUGUGUAUGUGAGUAACGACGACGACGACGACGACGACGACGACGACGACGACGACGACGACGACGACGAUUAAGAGUGUUGGGGAGCGCUGGGCACUGAGCGCGCGGUAAAUGUUUUUAGUUGGUGGCAUUUCACUAUUGCACAGGCAAAAGCAUGCACGCACACAACUAUGAAUUCAUCAUGUCUCGUUCUAUCUCACUCACGUUUCGCCAGUCAGCCAGUUGAGGCACUUAUGUUACUACUCUUCUAUAUUGCUCAUGUACACACCAUAAAAGCAAACCGAGCGAUGUAAACACAUACGAACGUGAGCUUGCUCGCGCGCACAUAUACACAUACGCACCCAUACAUUUGCAACCAUAUGCGCGACUGAAUGCUUCGUUCAUUCGUUCAUCAAGAGAAAUGAGCAAGUAUUUAUUGUUACUCAAAUGAGGCGAGAAGAAGAGAAGAAGAAGAAGAGAAAAAAAACUGUAUACAAAAUAAAUCGAGCGCAGUAUUGGUAUUUAUUUCUGUGUGUUGCACAGCCGCCGAUGUAGAUCAAUUCUGGAGUAACAGAGUAGAGGUUAAUUCAAUUUUGGACGUCGUCGAUUAUUUUCUAUUCUUUCCCACAUGAAACAAAAACCAAAAAUCAAACACCGAAAGAAAGUUAAAACAAAAUCAAUUUGUGUACAGUCAAAUCCAAUGAAAUAUGUCGCCGACGAUAAGUACAUCCAAGAAAGCGGCCAAAUCAACUGGCCGACAAACGAACAAUUCAUUGUCUUCGCUCACCGGACAAAUACAUAUUGAACAUCCAGCAUCAGCAACAACAGCAAAAUCGAAUGAUUCCAAAUCACAAACAAAUAGUAACGCUUCCAGCGGUAAAACAACCACUACCACCAGCAGCAGCAGCAGCAACAACAGUAAUGAGUCAAAGAAAUCGACUAAAGGGCCGAAUAGUAAUAAUAAUAAAAACAAUGCCAAAACGGAGAAAAAAAGCGGGGCACGCAAUUCAACGACGACCGCCGCCACACACAAAGCAUCAUCUAGUUCAGUUUUAACGGAAACGGAAGAAGUUUUACAAAUAGGAAUGCAUAAAGUGCUGGAACACGUGAAAAAUCACAAAGAUGCGUGGCCAUUCAUGGAUCCGGUUGAAGAGGAUAUUGCGCCACGGUAUUAUUCGAUAAUUCGAAGGCCGAUGGAUCUGCAGCAAAUGGACGAACGAUUAGAAAGCGGUCAAUACAUGACAUUCACCGAUUUUCGCAAUGAUUUUAAGCUUAUAGUCAAUAAUUGCCGUUUAUACAAUGGACAAAAUAAUGAAUAUACGGAAAUGGUGAAUAAUUUGCAGCAUGCAUUCGAAAAAGCCACCAAAAAGUAUUUCGACCAAAAUUCAUCGGAUGAAGAUGGUGAUCUGGAGUAUCCGGAUUUGAAGACGAACGUCUUUCGUGAAAAGAACAACAGCACGAAAAAUACAAUAACGCCGAAAAUUAAAGAGAUUAUCGGAACAAAGGGUUUGCCAAUGAAAUCGAAAAAAGCAUCGGCAAAUGACAAGUCAACAACCGAAGAGAAACCGGCUGAAAAAGCGACAGAGAAACCAAGUGAGAAAGUCACCGAAAAACGAGGCAGAAAACGAAAGCAAAAGUUUAAGGACAAACGAAAAGCAGACAAAGCGGUCAGCAGCGAUGAUGAGGCGGAUUUAGUGGCGGAAGACGAUGAAAAUGACGACGACCUGUUGAACGAGGAAGAGGUGGUGCCAGCGAAAAAAGCCAAAAAGGAAAAGGUGGAAAAGGUGGAAAAAGUCGAAAAAGUUGAGAAGGUUGAGAAGGUUGAGAAAGUUGAAAAGGGAAAAGAGCCAAAAAAAGCAAAGAGGUCGAUGGAUAAGAAAUCGUCGGCUAAGAUAGACUCAAGUCCAACGGUAGCAGUGAGGCGGAAGAGUGGUCGCAAAGAGGUGGAACAAUCACCACCGUCACCGUCACCGUCGCCGUCACCGUCACCGUCACCGAUUGAUGAUGAAUCUGAUGUGGAAUUGGAGCAGGUCACCAAGAAAAAGAAAGCAAAGCACACGGUCGAAUCAACGGCGUCACCGGAAAAGGAUAAAUCGAAGACCGCUAAAAAGGAACUGAAAAAAUCCAAAUCGAACAAAAAACGAAAGUCAUCUGAAGUGACGGCAACGGUAGCGACGACGACGGCAGCGACGAAGACGACGACGACGACGACGAAGACGACGAAAACAGCAGCAGCAGCAACAACAGUAACAGCAACAGCAACAGUAACAGCACCCUCAAUGGAUGUGGACGAUGAGGAGGAAUUGAUGGAAGAGAGCCCAAAAAAAGGGAAAAACAGUGCAAAGGAAAAGAAACCAGAGAAAAAAACCAACAAGAAAAAUUCGAUAAAAUCAAAGCAAAACGACAAAAAAGCAGCAACCACAGCAACCGCGGGUAAGAGUAAGAACAACAACAACAACAACAAUAAGAAGAAAGCGAAGGCGGCCAAAGGCAAAGCCGCACCAGCACGCGAUGAAUCCCGAUCGAGGUCGUCGUCAGUGUCGUCGAAUGCAUCAUCAUUGUCCAAUUCACCGAUGCGAUUCACCGUUGAUUUACAUGAAAAAUAUUCAAAAAGUGCCUCAAACACAUCCGUCAAUAAAAUUGAUAGUGUGGAAUCAUCAAAAAACAAAAGCAGCCGUGCUCGUAGUCCGAGCCCAUCAAUGUCGCUCUAUUCAUCGGAGAAUUCGAACAGUGUCAAGGAUAAAUUCGAUUUGAUCAAAGAGCGACGCAGCCGGGCAUCGAAUAGCGAUGACAAAUGGAAGCAAAUUGUGAAAAAUGUGGAGAAAAUCAAGGACAAAACGUCAACAUCGUCGACCGAUGGGCCCAAAGUACAAGAAAAAAAUCAAAAACUCAAAGAAACUAUCGAAAAGCUGAAGCAGAAAAAUAAACAAAGUAAAAAGCUAUUGAAUAAACUGUCCGACGCAAAAUCCACGUCGAGCGUUAGCAAAGCGGAGGCAAAAAGUUCGUUUGAUUUGCUAAAGGAAUCAAAACCACCCAAAGCAAAAGCCAAAUCAAAAGAUGCGGCGGCCGAACAGCCGGAUACAAGCACCACGACGGAAACUAGCAGUAAGAAAUCGCCCAAUAAAAAAGCGAAAGAGAAACCGGGAAAAGGUCAGAAAAAAGGCAAGCACGCGAACAAAACGCCAAAUAUGGAAGCGCUUGAAUUGGAAACGGAACAAACGCUAAAAGACAUAAAUCGUUGGCUUGAGCACACACCACGGUUUCCCGAAUUCAAUUCGGCUAGCAAUUCACCCACACGUUUUAAUAGUUUGCUGUAUGAUUUCGAUACGGUCACAUCAAAGCUUGAUCCGGCCGAUUUUCGUCGACCAUUGCCCAUUACAGCAAAUGAUUCCACCUCAACUGCAACCACAUUCACAAGUGCCAAGGAUCAACAUAAAACCAAUGCAAUCACAUCCACAAAGCCGGCUACAACACCAACAAAAACCUCAGCCACAGCAGCAGCAGCAGUAACCACGACAACACCAUCAUCAACAGCCAUCGAUGAUAGCGUUUUAACGGCAAAGGAAAAUAAGCCGGCACCAAAGCAAACGAUCCAAUUGACAGGUAUUCCACCGCCGCCGGGACCCCACAAACGUGAUAAAGAGCCAAAGAGAAAAACUCUAAAAGAGAAAAUCAGCGCAAUGAUUCCAAAGCGAAAAGACAUUCAUCGAACCAUCGAACGAAUGCAACCGGGCAAAACGAAAGGCAAUCUCAUCGGUACGAUUCACAGUGCGUCCAAGCCAGAGGAUGUAUCGAUAUUGGGCACAUCAAAUUCCAAUAAACUCAAAGACGCAAAAAAUUCAUUAGUUCAGGAAACUGAUGACACUGGACCAAAACUAAGCCUCGGCACGGUUCUCAAUACGACUGGCUUCGGUUUGAUUCAACAGCACAAUUUCGCUGAUAAUGAAAAUACCAAAGAUGACGACUUAUUGUGUGAUUCCGUAUCGAAAGAUGCGUGUUCCGAUGAUAUGGAAUUGGAGGAGAUAGUGACAUCGACCGAACAAAUGGCCAGAGAAAAAGAGCGCAAAGAAAAAGAGGAGAAAGAAAAGGCGGAAAAAACACAAUCGCCGGGUGAUAAAUCGGCUACGCCAAAUUUGAAUGCGUGGCUCAAGGCAUUUGGAGUGCCGAAAAAGCAGAAAAAAUCCGAAGAAGAAGAAUCGAAAAAGUUGGACAAAAGCAGCAAAGAAUCACCACAGAAUUCGAAUCCACACAGCGCCAAUUCACCGAGCAUCUCAAACGAACCAAUUACGUUGCCUGCGGCUCGAACGCGUAAGGCCAGUACGGGAAGUACAAUAUCGGAACGUUCUUCGUACAGUCAAGAUCCCGAUAGCCCACGAAUCGGAAUUGACGAGCGCAUUUGUGGUUCAUAUCCGGCUCCAUAUCCAUCACCAUUGGGUACAUCACCCAUUAUGACAUCGCCAAAAGACGACACACAAACACAAACCGAACCCACAUCACCGUAUUCAUCGAUGAAUGGAUCGAUGCGUGUCGGUUUCUAUCAGGAUACUACCACAAAGAGUAGCCCGGAAAAGAGUUGUAGCCCACGCGAACAAUCGUCUGCUUCACCGUACUCGAAUUAUGCACAACAUUUGUAUGUGUCGACAACGACAUCGGGCAGUUCGAAUUCGUACGGCAACAUGUCGUACACAUCGCCGGUGAAAGUGAAUCAAAAUGCACCGUUGGGCUUCAACAAUAAGAAGCAACCAUCGUAUUUUGAUCAAUACAAACAGCCAAAAUCUCAAGAUUCCGAUUACAAUUCGUCGGUCGGAUCGAAUCCAGCAUCGCCUUAUCAGAGCCAACAUUCACCUUAUCAAUCUGAAAACUCCCCAUAUCAACAGUCACAGACAUCGCCUUAUGCGCAACAGCCCAAUUCGAUACAAUCGAAUGUGUCGUCGCCUUAUCAAAACCAGCAAUCUCCAUAUCAGGAUACUAGUAUGCAGCAACAGCAUUCGCCAUACAAUCAAAACAGCGCCGGUCAAGAUGUGCACGCUCAGCAGCACAUAACAAGUAUGCCGAAAACAUCACCGCAGCCCAUUCAGCCGGUGCCACAGCACAUAAAUCCAUCGAUGAACACCGUAUCACCACCCACACACCAGCAGCAGCAGCAGCAGCAACAGGUGCAGGUGCAACAGCCACUUGAGAACAAAACCGUACCAAAUUCAAUGCAGCAGUAUGGCCUUCAAGCGUAUUCAAGUCACUAUCCAAACCUUGCCGAUCCACCGGCACCAAGUGUGAUCAACAGUAGCAGCUCAUUGCAUGACAAACCAAAACCGGACGAUGAACAGCGUGACAUUCUAAAUUUAGACUAUGCAAAACACAACGCGGCAGCAACUAAGUCGAGUCUCAAUAACAAACCAACAGAUCUCUCACACAUCGAUCCGCUGAAUAAACCUCAGCAGCAUGGAUACGAGCACAGUAUGUUCGAGCCGAUGGGUUUCAAUAAAAACUACGACAUUUCGUCGACAAAAGCGAUCGAAAUGUUCAAUCGGGCGGCCACCAUGAGCUUUUCGAAAUCAUUUCCGACGCCAUUGUCGGCGGUCGGUAGUAAAAAUGAAAAUACGACACCGAGCGGUCUAUUGAACACAUACCAACCACCGUCGAUGCAUUCAAACUAUUCGCUCUAUUCACUCGAUAACAAAUCAGCAACGCAUAUCGGUUACAAUCCACAUGAGAAUGACGGCCAAACCAAUCAACCGCAAUCAAUGGUAGUGCAUCAGGAUAAACACAUGUCCGAUCCAUCACUUGGCCGGCACGGUUUGUAUGGCACCAUUGAUCGAAUUGAUACCAUGUCUUCAAUGUCAACGUCAACAAUUCCAAAUGAUAAUCGAAUGAAACCGAGCGAAUUGAACGUACCGACCAUUCCACAUCGUUACGAUGUACCAUCUUACGAUCCAAAUAUGCGCAUUCAUUCAUUGGUCGAUGAUAAUUUGAACGGUGGCAAUUGCUAUUAUCCACCGAAAGAUCCAAGUACCGCACAAAGUCUUUACGGGAAAAAUGUGCUUCCACCGUCACAAACAUCUCCAUCAAGUCUAAAUCCAUACAAAUUACCGUCGGCUACCGUACAACCACCACCACAACCGCAACCGCAACCCGUUGAAACGAAACCGAAGCGAACGCGUAAAAAGAAAAACGCCGAACCGGCACCGGUUCCCGUGCAAACGCAACCAAUUCCACCACCACAAGCGCCUGUGAUCAACAAUCAUCAAAUGAUGCAACAGCAUAAUUUAGGCUGGAACACCAUUGACACAAGCAACAGCCAUCCGAACGCAUCAAAUCAAAUACCACCACAGCAAAGCCAAACACAUCCAUCACUUCUCAAUCAGCAACAUUCACAGCACCCAUUGCAAGCACCACCCACACAAGGUUUUCAAUCGUAUGCUGGUCUUAAGCCAUCUGUUCAAACGGGUCUGGUAAAAAAUACACCACCGCCCGAAGCAACACCGAUCUCGCUCAAAACGAACAGCAUCGUUCCGGGCAGUGCAUUCAAUUUUGGACCGACGAGCAGUGGCUCACUGGCGCUCGGUGGCAUUUAUGGCGAAAAUACUCCAUACUUAGAUGAGUACCGUGCCUCAGCUAAUCCAUAUUAUCUGCCGCCACAGACACAUCGAACGACGGCGCAGCCCGAACAAAACACCGAUAAUACUGGCGUUCCAUCGGCUGCUGGAUCAGCGGGUUAUGUGGCUGCAACGCGUGGAGCAACAUCACCAGCACCAACAUAUCAUCAAUUUUUACCGCAUCAUCCGUACACAAAUUCCCAAAUUUAUCAACAAUAUCUACGCACAGAGGAGUAUCGUCAGCGUAUGAUGUUUGCGAAUCAAGGUUUGUUGCCACACAGUGCACCAACUGGUUAUCCACAGCCCAGCUAUCAUCCGGCACUUGGCAUGCAUAAGCCAUAUGGAUGGUAAUAAAAAAAUUCGACAAAAAAUCAAAUUCAUACUCUCACACCCACACAAAUACACAUUUUCACAAAAGGUAUUGUUAAAAUAGCUAACACUAAAACAACAACAUUUACAAAAAAAAAUAGUGAAGAACAACAACAACAAAACAUACAAAUAGCCAUACAUCAUGGUUUCAAUAAAUGUAAAAAAAAACACACAAUUGGAAUAAUAAUAAUCGUAGAACUUAAAUGACAAUGAAGUAAAAUAUAUAUUUAAAUAUAUAUUAUAUAUAACACAAGUCUCCCGACCAAGAAAAACUAAAUAUUAUUGCAACUGAUAAAAAAAUGAAAUGAAAGAAAGAAAAAAGGAAAUUAUGUUAAAAACACAACAUAGAAUUUAGUUUAGAUUAAUUGAGAUGUGGAACAAUAUUUCCAUAAAAAAAAGAGGAGGAACAAGAAAAAAAAUACAAACAAUUUCGGAGAAAAAUCAAUUUAGUGAUUAGAGAGAAUAAAAAAAAAACCACAUAAACAAA